CAGUGACGUCACUUCCGUAAUAAACAGCCUACUGAGAGGAGUGUAGGGUAACAACGUUAUUGGUCAGGACAACAAGGUAAUGUUGUCGAUUAAUGUGUUGUUGGACGGAUAUAAUGCACCAAGAGGAAGUGUUAAAUGGUAAGAGUGUUUAGUACGUUAUAAUGACGCAAUCUUAGAGGCUGUUUCUUAUGAAGCUGUCAGUGUAAACGCCUCAGCCUCAGCUGCUGCUAGGAUCCGUUAUUAAACUCUGAGGUGAAUCACUGUAACUCCUUACAAAAUGAGCCGGGAUGUUCCUAUCCACAGCUGGCCUGGCUCCUAUUACAUCAACACUGAGAAGCGGUGGGAAACUGGCACUCUGUCCCUCACCAGGACCAUGGUGCGCUUUGUCUCUAACCAGAGUAAGGAGAGUCUAACCAGCUUUCGCCUCUCCAGGAUCAUGGAGAUCAAAAUGGAGUCAUCCAGUUUCAUCUUCAGCACUCUCACAGUGCUUGAAGAGGGCAAUGUGAAACACUGGUUUGGGUCCCUUAAGCCUAAUAGGGUGGUGGUUUAUAACGUGGUAGAGCAUUUUUGGAGGGAACGCCUCUUGUCACCCGGCUCAGAGGCACGGGGGGCCGAAUGCAAACCCUCUAAAGGCAGUGAGCUGAUCAGCCUGGUGGCUGGGGCCCAGAAAAGAUUGGAGGACACCGGCAGGGUUCUCACCCACCAAGGAGAACAGUUUGACAAUGCGAUGCAGGGACUGGAGAAGAUUGACUCGGAUCUGGGCGUGGCUGAUAAACUUUUGUCAGAGCUGGAAUCUCCCCCCUGGUGGCCUUUUGGUAAACUUCCCUGGAAAACUCAGCAGGAAGCUAAGGCGGAGGACGCUGCAAGAGCUGCGGCCCGUUCAGCAGCUGGUAAAGGGUCUGGUAGAAAUAAGGUCAUCGCAAGCAUCCCAGCUGUAGUGACCAAAGGAGGGGACUCAGACUUAAAACCUGGAUGCUUGUUGGUGCUGGUGUCCUCACUGGAGGUUCUAGACAUAAACUGUCAACUCCUUCACCGCUUUGAAAGAAAUGAUAUCGACGAAGUUAGAGUGCACAGUCCAUAUGAGAUCACUGUUAGACAGCGGUUCAUUGGCAAACCAGAUAUAUGCUACAGGUUCCUGUCUGCCAAGAUGCCAGAAGCAAUGUCGGUGUUAGAGAUUCAAUACAAAAAAAAAGUGCAGUUCACUAGUGAAUACACUGCUUUCCGAGCAACUCCAGUUUCAUCUCCGUGUGACACAGAGGGGCAAACCUGGAAUGAAGGUUUGCUACAGAUGUGCCAAGACACGGAGCUCCCACUUGAGGUCCCAGCAGGAGCGCUGUCCCAGUUGCAGGUGCACGUCCUCCAGCCAUCUGUCAGUCAGGCUGAGGCCCAGGAACUCAAACAGAUGCUGAUGCAGCUGAAGACCCUUGCCCUUGAGGCAGAGACAGAGCUGGAGCGGCAGGAUGAUGUUCUAAACGACCUGACCAGCUCCACUGACCGGGCCACCAUGCACAUAGAGAAGCACACCUGCCGCAUGAAAAGACUGCUCUAGCUGUGACAACGUGGAGUCCUACGCCCCCCACCCUUAGGGGUGCACAGCAAGCUUCCUAAUCGUCUUCACGGGAUUGGUAAAAUAUUGGACCAGCAUAACACAGCAGCUGGGACAUGCAUAUUCUUAAGACACUUGACAGCAUUUCGUUGCUUAUAAUUACAUAAUCACACAGGUUUAAGUGCAUGUGAUUUACGGGACAUACCGGAUUGUUGGCCUGAUACUAAUUACGUUCACCAAAAUCCUUGAAAUUUGCCUUUUAAAUUAUGACUUUGUGUUAAAAUAUGUAUUUAUUGUUUUGUUUUGUUUAUUUUUGAAAUAAUUCAAACACAGCACACCAAGUAUUACGUUUAUCAUUACUUGGUGGAGUUAAAACGAAAAAGCAGCACCCGAUUGCCAACCAAAUGGUGAAUAGCUUUCAUUAUGCCUGAAAUAAUAAAGCUUGGGAGUCGUGACUCUGGAUGCCUGGGAAAACCAGAACGGAAAACGCUUCCAUGAUUUGUUUUUAAAUAUUGUACACUAAAUACUCCAUAUUGAUCUCAUCAUUUACUGUAUGUCUUGUGAGAGUUUGAUAAUUGAAUUCUGUAUAAUCUGUAAGUGACAGAUGCAUGUACUGUGAUUUUAUUGUGUUCUAUUAUGACUGUCAACUUGUAAUAAGCUGAAAGUUAUACUUGAAUUUAUUUCAAAAUAAUAAUUUCAGAGCUGUAAAUGGGCUGCUUUUGCUGAUCAAACUAAACUUAUCCUGACAUUGGAUGGAAUUAAAUGAUCAGCUAUACAUUUAAAGGGAAACGUACACCUACAUCUGUUUAUAGCAAACAAAUGGAACAAAUGAAGCAACACAACUGGCAUUUCAAAUAUUAGAAUUCAUUUUCCUUUUUAAUUCAGCUAGGAAAGUAUCACAAUUGUAGGCCUGUCAUGUCAUAUGAUCUGAAAUAAAAGUAAGACUCCAACUA